AUGGCCAUGCGGCUCCCCGGAGGUAUCAACUGUGCUGAGAAGUUCUGGGAGUUUUUAGUUGAGCAAAAGGACGGGCACGGCAAAGUUCCAAAAUCGAGAUAUAACGUCGAUGCCUUUCAUCAUCCCGCUCGAGCUGGUUCGGUGCGAACGCAACAUGGGUAUUUUCUGCAAGAGGAUCCCACAUACUUUGAUCAUCAAUUUUUCUCAAUUACCCCUUAUGAAGCAGCCCGUCUUGAUCCACAGCAACGGCUAUUGCUUGAAGUCAUCUACGAAUGUAUGGAGACUGGUGGACAAGUAGGCUGGCGAGGAAAGGGAAGAAACAUCGGAUGUUUUGUCGGAGUGUUUGGCGAGGAUUGGUAUGACUUGCAGUCUAAGGAUACGCAAAGAAUCGAUCGGUAUCAUGUUCUGGGAACGGGAUACUUUGCUCUCUCCAACCGAGUCUCAUAUGAAUUCGACUUUACAGGCCCGAGGUAUCAGUUCACUAAGCUGCUCACUGACACCAUUGUUUCGGCGACAUUGUUCAUGCCAGCAGCUGACCAAGAUAUCAAACCACAGCAUGACGUUGGCGACGGGAUGCUCCGCAUCAAUGGCACUAAUUUGAUUCUUACUCCCACUAUGACAACAACCAUGUCUGACAAUCUGGUACUUUCGCCCACUGGAGUCUGUCGAACUUUCGAUGCCAAAGCAGACGGGUAUGGUCGUGGAGAGGGCGUCAACGCUGUUUACAUCAAGCGACUCGCAGAUGCCAUACGAGAUGGUGACCCUGUGCGUGGGGUGAUUCGUGCUACUGCAACUAAUUGUGACGGAAAGACGCCGGGAAUCACAACUCCCGGAUCGGCAACACAGAUGCAGCUGAUUCGCAAAGCAUAUCAGCGUGCUCAAAUCGAAGAUAUCACAAAAACAGCAUUUUUUGAAUGUCAUGGCACAGGGACUGUGGCAGGAGAUACUGCUGAAACCUCGGUAGUGGCAGAGCUGUUUCGUGAGACAGGUGUACUUAUCGGAUCGGUCAAACCAAAUGUGGGGCAUUCUGAGGGUGCUUCUGGAAUCACAAGUAUCAUCAAAACGGUUCUGGCACUCGAGAGACGAGUCAUUCCGCCUAAUAUCUUUUUCAAAACACCAAACCCUAGCAUUCCCUUCGAGGAAUGCAAACUUGUGGUACCAGUAGAAGCGAUGCCAUGGCCUGACCACAAAGAUCUGCGGGCGAGCGUUAACUGUUUCGGCAUCGGCGGUGCCAACGCCCAUGUAAUCUUGGAGCCCGCUCCAGAGCUUGAGCUAAAGUCAGAUAACCUUCCUGCCGGUUUGUCUAGGAAGUUACUUCUCGUCUCCGCAGGUAGAAAAGAGGCCCUCCUGAAGCGAUCGGAAGACCUUGUGAGAUUCGCGGAUGAGAAAACACAUUCUCUUGACGACAUUGCAUACACUUUAGGUGAGAGAAGGGAGCACCUGAAACAUCGGACUUUUGCCACGGCCUCUUCUUCAAAUACCAUCCGCUUCGAUGAGGUACAAUUUGAGACUGCCGCUGUCCCCGAGGUCACUUUCGUUUACACGGGCCAAGGAGCCCAAUGGACGGGAAUGGCGCGGGAGCUGAUGACAGGAUGUCAAAUUUUCAAAAACCAAAUAUACCAGAUUGAUCACAUCCUUCAAUCUGCGAUUCCUCCACCAUCUUGGUCCAUAAGAGCUGUUUUGAUGGCUCCUGAAGCUGAAUCAAGGAUCAACGAGCCUGAGAUUGCCCAACCCGUAUGUACUGCCGUUCAAAUUGCCCUCACGAGUAUCUUGAGGAGGUGGGGAAUCAAGAUAUCAAGUGUGGUUGGACAUUCUAGUGGAGAGAUUGCGGCGGCUCAUACCUCUGGGGCCAUUUCGCUUCGAAGUGCAAUGAUGAUUGCUUAUCAUCGUGGUCGUCUCACUAAACUUGUUGUGAACGGAUCAAUGGCUGCGAUUGGUCUCAGCCGUGUCGAAAUUGAGCCGUGGUUGGCCAAGAAUGCAGUCAUUGCAUGCGAGAAUAGCCCACUCAGCACCACCAUAUCAGGGGAGUCAUUUGCUGUGACAAAGACAGUCGAUGCAAUCGAGGCUGCCUAUCCGGAUGCUUUCUGCCGUUUGUUAAGGGUGAAUAAGGCCUAUCACUCCCCACAAAUGACGCCCAUGGCUGGAGAAUACGUUUCCGCAAUUGCCUCUGAGAUUGAGCAUUCUGAGUACCUCUUGCCAAUGUAUUCAACAGUGACUGGCGAGAAGAUCAACCUUCCGAGUGAGCUGAAUGCUGCCUAUUGGAGCCAGAAUUUGACUUCCACUGUGGAAUUCAACAAAACCGUGCGAAAAUUGCUCCAGGAUAACUCACAUCGUGACAUUGUGUUUAUCGAGAUUGGGCCUCACAAAGCUCUCCAAGGUCCUUUACGUCAGAUCAUUGACUUGGUUCACCCCAAGAGUCAGACAUGGUACAUUCCAACUCUUUUACGGUGUCAAGACGCAGAGGAAACAGUUCUUCGAGCGGCUGGUAUGGCUUGGGUUCGUGGAAUCCAUAUUGAGCCAGCCGCAAUCAACGGCUCCGGUAGAACAGUCCAUUGCCUCCCACGAUAUCCUUGGUAUCACAGUGAGCGACACUGGAGCGAGAGUCGCAUCAGUGAAAAUUGGCGGCUUCGAAAAUUUCCACAUCAUGAGCUCCUCGGAUCUAGGGUCUUGGAGACAAGCAGUCUCUACCCCCAUUGGCGUAAUCUGCUCCAAAUACACGACUCUGCUUGGUUGAGUCAUCACAAACUUUUCAAAGAUAUUGUUUUCCCUUGUGCUGGAUAUGUGGCGAUGAUAGGAGAAGCAAUCCGACAACAUUGUGGGUGCGAUGGCUAUGAAAUCAAAAAUCUGGUCUUGAAAAAGCCGUUGUUUCUACAAGAAACCACUGCUACCGAGAUACUCACAUCUUUGAUCCCCGAGAGAUUGAGUGACAUUGCUGACUCUGAGUGGUUUGAGUUCACGAUACUUGCAUUGGAUGGGCCAGAAUGGAGCAAAUACUGCCACGGAUAUGUUCGCUCAGCAGACCCCAACAAGUCUCCAACAGUCGUCAAGCAGCCACCCUGGGCACGCAAAGUUAUUCCAAAGAAUUGGUAUCAGCUGAUGAACCAGUUGGGAUUGAAGUACGGACCUAGCUUUCAACGCAUGCAGAGCAUAACCGUGGACCCUGUCGAGCAUGUUGCUAAUGCAACGGUGCAAAGUGUUCAAGCAGAUGUGGAUGGUCAGUAUUUUGUGCACCCCACACUUAUUGAUCAAUGUCUACAACUUUUAUCGGUCGCUGCGGUUAAUGGAUUACAGCGGCACGCCACAUCACUCGCUAUUCCAGCCUCUAUUGACUUGAUUCGCGUGACUGCUACUAGCGGAAAUGCUUGGCUUCAAGCAGAAACAGACUCCAGUACUUCCUCUACGAGACUAUCCGGACAUGUGAGCAUGCUCAGUGACUCAGGGUCUACCCUUGUGAUGACGGGAGCGACUUUCAUGUCUUUGGCAAACGAUGAUGGAGAUGACGAAAAUCCGGUUCCACUUCUCUCUCAAAUAGAUUGGGCACCCUGUUUAGACUUGGACUCACCGCAAGCCUGGCUGCCUUUUGAAGACAAAGACAGAGGUGUCUCGUUAGUGGCAGAGCUCACUUGCUGCUACAUGCUUGAGGCAGCCUCCCAGGUUCAACAUGCGGCGGGCGCAACAGAUCAUCUUAAAAAGUAUCAGAGAUGGCUCACAAAAGUGAACUCCCAACUCAAAUCAGGGACAACACAGCGCUUCCUUCACAUCCCCUGGAAUAUGAUGACCAAAGAAGAGAGAAUGAAUCAAGCGGCCGAGCUUCGCAGACAACUCAGUCUCUACGGAGCUGAAGUACAGAAGGUGGAGGAAUUAUUGAGACUCGUCGCACAGAACUGCCACGAAAUUGUGACAGGAGAAUUGUCGGCGCUGGAAAUAUUGAGUAUAGAGCGCCUCCGUGCACUGUACGAGUUUGGAAGCUCACUCACAGAUUUGAGUCCGUUUUUGAGAAGUUUCGCCCACUGGAAUCCUCGAGCAAGAAUUCUGGAGAUUGGCGCAGGUACCGGUGCCACAUGUGCUCAGGUAAUCGGUGCUAUGAAGCCCAGAGAUGGAAAAUCAACAUUUCAAACGUACACGUUCACAGACAUUUCUCCGAUCUUUUUGUCUGCCGCAGCUGAGAGGUGGGGCCAGGAAGAGAGGAUCGAGUUUAAGAAGCUCGAUAUCACCCGAGACCCCGAGGAACAGGGUUUCUUGCUGGAGUCUUACGACCUCGUCAUCGCAUCAAAUGUUUUACACAGCACAAGUUCACUCUCAGAGUCAUUAAUUAAUGUGAAAAAGCUCCUUGUCCCGGGUGGAUUUCUAGUCUUGCAGGAGCUAUGUCCCGAAAUCUUGUACACAGACUUUAUCAUGGGUCUUCUACCAGACUGGUGGAAUGGAAGCGACGAUGGAAGACAUGAGCGUCCUUAUGUCAAGCCAGAACGCUGGCACGGCGAGCUUCUUGAAACCGGCUUUCUAGGCGCGAUGUGCGUCACUCUGGACUACGAAUAUCCUUUUCAACAGAACGCCAAUAUUAUUACUCGAAAGCCCAUGGAUUGUACGCCGGGACAAAAGAUAUCACUCCUCUCGAGUCGGGUUUCUGGGGCGUGCGAGUGGGAAAGAAUGCUGGAAGCAUCGCUGCAAAACCAUGGAUACAGUGUGAAUUGGUUCACAAUGGAAUCUUUGCCGGCAGAAACGGAUUGUAUCAUUUCGCUCAUCGAUUUAUCAUAUCCUUCGCUCUACGACCUGGAUGAUGUUCGAUUUGAGAAGAUGAAGGCGCUCUUCGCGCUGAGUUCUAAUUGCCCAAUAAUUCACCUGACUCGGAGCUUACAGAUGAGCUGCCAAGAUCCUCGUUUUGCUCUCGUUCUAGGUCUUUCCAGAACAUUGCGUAGGGAAAUAGUGGGAAGUAUCACCACAGUUGAGCUUGAUUGCCUGGAUGGUGCAAGUGUUGAUACGGUUGUCAGGUUAUACAAUCGGUCAAGACAGGUCGAAAAAAGCGGAAAACUCCGAGAUGAUGAAUAUAUGAUUCAGUCCGGACAGAUUUUUGUCAGUCGAGUCAAUUGGCGACCACUUCGCAAACUAUUGGAGCAGAAACCGUCGCUUGAUUCACCACGGGAACUAUUCGUUCAACGAUACGGACUUCUUGACAGUUUAUCCUGGGAAACAAAAAAAGCCAGAGAAAAUCUGCUGGAGCCCAUGCAACUGGAGGUCGACAUCCAAUUUGUGGGCCUGAACUUCAGAGAUCUUAUGGUUGCACUGGGCGUGAUGGGAGAGUCAAACGAGCUUGGUAUCGAAGCAAGUGCGGUAGUACGCACGGUCGGUGCUGGUGUCGCCCGAUUCAAACCCGGAGAUCGCGUGCUCAUUUGUGGCAAAGGCCUAUUCCGGUCGCGAACUGUCGUCGAUCAAACUCAGUGCAUUGGGAUCCCUCCGAAACUACUAUCAGAAGAAGCGGCCACGAUUCCUGCAGUAUAUGCAACGGCAUUCUAUUCUUUGGUGACAAUUGGUCAAUUAGAGGCUGGCAAAAGUGUUCUAAUCCAUUGCGCGACCGGUGGCGUGGGGUUGGCCGCCAUUCAGAUUUGUCAGGAACUGAAUGUGACAAUCUACGCCUCUGCUGGCUCACCCGAGAAGCAGGCUUACUUACAAGAAGAAUAUGGAAUUCCGGCGACAAACAUCUUCAACUCCAGAGAUGAUUCUUUCCUGCAUGGCAUAAUGAAUCGAACAGGUGGCGUGGGCGUUGAUCUAGUCCUGAACUCCCUUGCUGGCAAUUUGCUUCAUGCGUCCUGGCGCUGCGUCGCCAAAUUUGGCAAGAUGGUCGAGUUGGGCAAGCGCGAUUUCCUCGCCCAUGGUAGCUUAGAGAUGGAUCUGUUCUAUGGAAACAGAUCUUUCUUUGGGGUUGAUUUGCUGAGUAUCAUGGAAGAGCAGCCGCAAGUUUCACAGCGAUUGAUGAGUCAAUUCGUGAACUGGUAUACGGAUGCAAAAAUCCAGCCCAUCAAACCCAUGAGAAUAUUUGCCGCAAAUGAGGUGGCAGAGGCUUUCAAAUAUAUGCAAAGUGGAAAGCACAUGGGCAAAAUUGUGAUAAGAAUGCCCCGAGCCGACGAGCAUGUCUCUGCCGAGCCUAUCAAAUUGCCCAUGACACUUGAUCCCACAAAGGCAUAUAUUGUAGUGGGAGGCUUGGGCGGAAUAGGACGUGCUUUAGGCAACUGGUUGGUGGAAAGGGGAGCUCGACACUUGAUCAUCCUCUCUAGAUCGGCUGGUUCCAGUGAAAUUUCUCAUCUAUUCUCUUCAGAGCUCGAAAGGCAAGGCUGUGCGGUUCAUAUGGUGGCUGGAGAUGUUUCUCGGAGUGAGGACGUCACGAAAGCCUUUUCCAGAGCUGCCGGUAAGGUCAUUGGAGGCGUAAUCCAGAUGUCAAUGGUACUUCAGGAUGAGAGUCUGGCAAAAAUGACGCAUGCUCAAUGGUUGCAAACAACCCAACCGAAAGUGAAUGGUACUUAUAAUCUGCAUCUUGCACUGAAAGAACACGAAAGGGGGCUGGAUUUCUUUGUCCUCUUUAGUUCUAUGUCAGGCAUUGUCGGUACAGUUGGGCAGUCUAAUUAUGCUGCAGCAAACUCUUUCCUUGAUGCGUUCGUCACAUAUCGUCGUCAAAAAGGGCUUCUUGCGUCUGUGCUCAACCUAGGCGUUGUUGAAGACAUUGGCUGCGUUCAUGAGGACUCAGCCACACUCAAGCGAGUGAAGGCCACUGGUGCUCGGACAAUUCGGGAGGCCAACGUGGUCGAAGCGCUACAUGCGGCAAUAUUGUCAUCGAAAUCGUCACCUUGCCGCGAUGACCACACCUCCAGCGUGAUGAUGAUAGGCGUGAGCUCGACAAAAUCUCUUUCUGCUCCGGGUGUGACACCUUUGUGGGGCCUUGACCUUAGGUUCUCUACGUUUGAGAACCUCUGGAGCAAAACCGGACAGGAAUCAGAAGCAGAACGAACUGAUCUCAAAGAGUUUCUCGGAGAGAUUGAGAACAACCCGGAUUUGCUUGACGAUCCUUUAACAGAGAUAAGAAUCAUGACAGAACUCUGCAAGCUGAUCAAUGCUCACAUGGCUCGAGAUGAAAGUGAAAAUGAAGACAUGGCGAGCAUCCCCAUUGAUUCUUUAAUGUCGAUUGAGAUUCGAAAUUGGUUCCGAAGACAAUUGGCAAUGGACAUUAGUCUGACGGAAAUCUCCAAGGCCGGAACCGUUGGAGGGCUCAGUCGGAUCUGCGCAGGCCUUUCAACGUUAAUCAUCCUCCAAGUCUUCCUCCGGAAUAUUUUUACCUCGGGCACUUUAGGCAUGAGCAAAUCUCAGACGAAUCCUGACUUCCAGGUCAUCAUUGUUGGUGCAGGCAUUUCUGGCAUUGGAUUUGCCUGCCAGCUGCAGCGAAGACUAGGCUGCACUCAAUUCAUGAUCUACGAAAGCCAGGAUGGAAUAGGGGGAGUUUGGUGGAGUCACCGUUAUCCGGGUGUAGCCACAGACUCGCCGUCGCCAUUGUACUCCUUUACCUUCGCCAAUAUGCCAAAGACAUCUCGUCCGCAAGCCACGGGUGAUGAGAUGCGUGAGUACCUGUUCUCGGUGUGCGCCUGCAAUGGAAUCCUAGAUAGGAUUCAGCUCAACACAGUCGUCACUAGGGUGACCUGGGAACCCAUCAACGAAAUUUGGAAUGUUACUAUUACCUCAAAUGGAAAAGAGUCAACGGUUAGCGCUAAAGUGGUCAUCAGCGCUGUGGGUAAGUUUGGAGCUCCUGAUACGUCAAUAUUACAAUCGAUUUCGGGGGUCAAUUCCUUCACCGGACCAAUUAUUCACACUGCACUCUGGGAUGAAACCGUGCAACUUCGAGGGAAAGAUGUGAUAGUCAUAGGUGCGGGCUGCAGUGCUGCACAACUAUUGCCUCAGCUCCUUGCAAGCAAUGUGCAAGUGAGGUCUGUGACCCAGAUCAUGAGGUCUCCUCAUUGGGUUACGCGCAACCCUUAUGUCGGCCACGCCGUUGAUUUUUGGAAUCUUGUUGUGUCGCCAAUGUUGGGGUUCUCGUGGGGUGCUCUGGCAGUGAGGCUGGUCUUAUUCCUCUUGUACGAAAUAUUCUAUUUCGUCUUUUACCGGGAUUUCAUUUUCAGGAACAUGGCACAAACAUGGCUGAAACAACGGCUGCUGCAAUAUCUUGAGUCGGAAGCACCAAAAGAAAGCAAUGCAGCCCUCAAGCCGAGGUACUGGUUUGGGUGUAAACGGGUGAUCGUCGACCCCGGUUGGUAUGCUGCGCUCAAGGAUCCAAGGUCGCGCCUUGUCCUGUCUCGAAGUACCUUACACCUUCAGGACAAUUUUUUGACUGUCGGCGGCACGGACAGUAAAGAGAGAUUUCACGCAGAUGUCAUCAUUCUGGCCACAGGCUACAACCCCUCCGCAAGUUUGCUCUCGUCGAUUCAAGUUUGCGGCCGAAACGGAGCUGACUUGCAAAAAACGUGGACGACGCGGGGUGGUCCACAAGCAUAUUUGGGGCUCGCAGUGGAUCAGUUCCCCAACUUCUACAUGUUGUUUGGUCCCAAUUCGUCUGUCAGUCACGGGAGCGUCAUGGCGAUCAUCGAAAAUUCCAUUGAUUAUGUUCUGCAGCUUUUACGCCCGGUAUUAGCAGGUGAGAUUUCAACGGUGGAAAUCAAGAUGGGGCCAUGUUCUGCUUGGACAGAGAGAAUUCAAAACGCCACCAAGGAGUCGGUCUGGGUACGAGGAGGCUGCAACAAUUGGUACAUCGAUGAGAACGGAUGGAACUCUAUGAUCUACCCGUAA